AUGGAUGAUAGUCGAGCCAAGGACAGUCAUGAGGACCAUGAUACUUCCACAGAGAAUGCAGAUGAGUCCAACCACGACCCCCAGUUUGAGCCAAUAGUUUCUCUUUCUGAGCAAGAAAUUAAAACGCUGGAGGAAGAUGAAGAGGAACAUUUUAAGAUGCGCACAAAGCUGUUCCGGUUUGCUUCAGAGAAUGACCUCCCAGAAUGGAAGGAGCCAGGCACUGGAGAUGUCAAACUUCUAAAGCAUAAGGAGAAAGGGACCAUCCGCCUUCUCAUGAGGAGGGACAAAACCUUGAAGAAAUGUGCUAACCACUAUAUCACACUGAUGAUGGAGCUGAAGCCGAAUGCUGGCAGUGACGGUGCCUGGGUCUGGAAUACCCACGCCGACUUUGCUGAUGAGUGCCCCAAGCCUGAGCUGCUCGCCAUCCGCUUCCUAAACGCUGAAAAUGCACAAAAGUUCAAAACAAAGUUUGAAGAAUGCAGGAAAGAAAUUGAAGAGAGAGAAAAGAAAGGACCAGGCAAAAAUGAUAAUGCUGAAAAGGUGGCUGAGAAGCUGGAAGCCCUUUCUGUGAAGGAGGCCAGAGACGAGGCUGAAGAGAAGUCUGAAGAGAAGCAAUGAGUCACUCUUUUUCCUUUCCUUUUUUUUU